CCGAGAGGCCCCCGUGAGCCGCCGGUGGUCUGGAGACUGGGGACGAGCGCUCGGAAAGUUUGGGGGCUCGGUAGGGAGGGUGACGCUCGCGCUGGCCCUGGCGGCAGGCUGCCUGGGAGCGCGGCCUCCACGUGGGUUGUGCUUCUGGCGUCAGGUCGGGCCUCGGAGCCAAGCUUUACAGCUGCGGAGCCUGCAGCCCUCUUGUCCCGCCCUGACUUUAAAAUUCCAGCUUCCACUUGCAGUUGCCUCAGCAAGUGUGACUAGCCUGGCAGCCCGACAGUGGGUUGUCCAACAGGUCCAGUUCCUCACUGCUUUGUCCUGAGGACAGAACGAUGCCGAAGAAAGCAAAGCCCACAGGGAAGGGGAAGGAAGAGGGAUCUGUUCCCUGUAAGCAGUUGAAGGUGGAGGCAGCUGGUGGACCCCCCUUCACUUUGAAUUUUGAAAGCCCCAGUGACCUCUUUGAAAGUUUAAUCUCACCCAUCAAGACAGAGACUUUUUUCAGGGAAUUCUGGGAGAAGAAGCCCCUUCUCAUUCAGAGAAAUGACCCUGCAGUGGCCACAUAUUACCAGUCCCUGUUCAGGCUGUCAGAUCUGAAGAGUCUAUGCAGCCGGGGUAUGUACUAUGGAAGAGACAUAAAUGUCUGCCGGUGUGUCAACGGGAAGAAGAAGGUUUUAAAUAAAGAUGGCAAAGUGCACUUCCUUCAGCUGAGAAAAGAUUUCGAUCAGAAAAGGGCAACAAUUCAGUUUCACCAACCUCAGAGAUUUAAGGAUGAGCUUUGGAGGAUCCAGGAGAAGCUAGAAUGCUACUUUGGCUCCUUGGUUGGCUCGAAUGUAUACAUAACCCCUGCAGGAUCCCAGGGCCUCCCACCCCAUUAUGACGAUGUGGAGGUCUUCGUCCUGCAGCUGGAAGGAGAGAAACACUGGCGUCUCUACCACCCCACUGUGCCCCUGGCACGGGAGUACAGCGUGGAGUCCGAGGACAGGAUUGGGAGGCCGGCACACGAAUUCACGCUGAAGCCGGGUGAUUUCCUGUACUUCCCCAGAGGGACUAUUCACCAAGCGGACACCCCUCCAGGGCUGGCCCACUCUACUCACGUGACCAUCAGCACCUACCAGAACAAUUCGUGGGGAGAUUUCCUUUUGGACACCAUUUCGGGGCUUGUAUUUGACACCGCAAAGGAAGACCUGGAGUUUCGGGCUGGCAUACCCCGGCAGCUGCUCCUGCAGGUAGACGCCACAGCUGUUGCAACGAGAUUAAGUGCCUUUCUGAGGACCCUUGCUGACCGGCUGGAGGGCACCAAAGAGCUGCUUUCAGCUGACAUGAAGAAGGAUUUUGUUAUGAACAGACUCCCCCCUUACUGUAUGGGAGACCGAGCAGAGCUUUCAACGCCAGGUGGACCGUUACCAAGGUUGGACAGCACAGUGAGACUGCAGUUUAAAGACCACACCGUCCUCACAGUAGGGCCGGAUCAGGAUCAAUCUGAUGAAACUCAGGAAAAGAUGGUUUACAUCUAUCAUUCCUUGAAGAAUAGGAGAGAGACACACAUGAUGGGAAAUGAGGACACAGAGUCCCAUGGGCUUCGCUUUCCUUUAUCACAUUUGGAUGCACUGAAGCAAAUUUGGGGCCACUCAGCGAUUCCUGUCAAGGACCUGAGACUGACUACAAAUGAGGAGAAGGAAAACCUGGUGUUAUCCCUCUGGACAGAAUGCUUAAUCCAGGUACUCUAGUGCCUUUCCAGAAUCAGGGUGUACCGUCUCACAGACACACACAUGCGGAAGGAAGAGCAACGAUUCAUGUGUUGCUUUGAGUCAGCUGACUGGGAACGGUCCUACAACAGCUUUCCUUACCUGUGUUUCUAACAACACGACCCUACCUGUUUCUGGGAGUUAGGCACACGGAAGAAAGAAUGGCCAAUUAAGUGUCUCAGAAAGUAACAAAAUCAUACUUUUGACAAACUCAUUUAAUCCAGUGUGGUAGAAAAGGCACAACUCCAAUAAAUGUAUCUUUGAAAUU